CUCCGACUUCGGUUUGUUAUGAGUCGUAUUCUCAUCAGUAGAUAAAUGUCCAUUGUUCCUAGUACUACUAGUCAAUUUUUUGAAUUGUGGAGAUAACUUGUACCAAUUCAAUUCACGUGCGAGAAGAACAAGUCAGGUGGUCAUUAGUAUUCUUGACCGAUUGUUCACAACGUCGGAUUGUGAGCGAAAACAUUCACUUGCAUGCAGUUUUGUUAUGCAAUAUGCAACCCGCUGUAAUCGAUGCGCAAAUCUUUUGUGCAGCAACGGCGUAGAAAAUCUGGGCGUUGGUAUGGACAAAUAACAAUCCCUCGCUGCCAUUAGGAACCGCCAUCAGGUGGAAAGUAUCGCUAUCGGAGGAUAUGAGCGCAGGAAUGUAGGAUAUGUGUGAUCGAUACCAGUCAUGGGUCGACGUGUGAAGCAAAAACAGUUCUUCGACCAGGCAAAGUUCUUCUCCAUCAGUAGCGAUUUAUUGCUACUUUGUUUGUAGAGGCCACUGGUGACCUUGACAUAGUCUACGCCCCAACACGAGAAAUAAUUUAUUGGUGCGAAGAAACGCUUCGAUCAAAUCGCAGCGAAAAUGGGUCUAUUCGACAAGCUUGCCAGUAUGCUGAAGAUUAAGAAGGAGCAAAUUAACAUCCUUGUGGUAGGUCUGAACAACAGUGGCAAGUCAACGAUUGUGAACCACUUUAAGAAUCCGGACGAGCGAAGCUCGCUCAUUGUUCCGACGGUUGGCUUCAGUGUCGAACGUUUCCAGAAUCAAGGAGUCUUCUUCACCGCAUUCGACAUGUCCGGAGCGACACGCUAUCGAAGUCUUUGGGAACACCAUUUCAAAGCGUGCCAAGGUAUUGUGUUUGUGAUUGAUUCGAGCGAUCGGAUGCGAUUAGUGGUAGUCAAGGACGAAUUGGAAAUACUACUCCAACAUCCGGACAUUGCUAAUCGUCGUGUGCCGAUACUUUUCUUCGCCAACAAGAUGGACUGCACCGAUGCUUUGAGUAGUGUGAAAAUUGCCGCCGGACUGGGACUGGAAAAAAUCAAGGAUAAACCGUGGCAUAUCAGCUCGAGCAACGCAAUCACGGGCGAGGGACUGCAAGACGGGGUGCAGUGGAUGGUGCACCAGAUCAGGGAAUGUGUAGCUAGCUCCAAGAACAGCCAUUAGGACUGUAUUGGAUGUGCGUGCGUGUGUGUGUGUGUGUGUAUAUAUACAAAAUGUUGGAGAGAAAAUAAUUAACAUCUCAAACAAAUAAAGCUGUUAUUCAUCGUCAUAAAUAAUACCAUGUUCAUUGAAUUCUAUUCAAUUGAGCUUGUUCACACUAAGCUAGCUCUUGUAUAAUGUACAUGUUAUCUCCGCCAUCCACCUCCACCUGAGAACCAGAAGUUGAGGACUGUGAGUCCUCCUCACUCGUGCAGUCGUCUUCCUCUUUGAUUUGCGAUACCAUUCCGUCAUCCGAAUUACCGUCUAUAAUUUCCGAUAUAGUAUCCCGCGAUUCAUCAUCUCCAUAAACGGAUAUCUCGUCCUUUAUUAGAACCUCUGAAGCGGGCGCUUUAAUGUAUCGGAUGAUUUUC